UCCCCGGGACAGUGACGUAGUGUCUCCGGGACAGUGACGUGGUGUCUCCGGUCCAAGUCCACCACCGUCAGCACCGGCCCCCGUCAGUCCGUCCGCCCGGCUCCGGGUGCAGUUGCUCGGGUUCAUCUCCGGGACUUUUGCCCUUUCUUCUUAUCACGCUAGCAUGUUAUCCGGUUAGCAUAUGAGCUGUGUAGCUAUCCCAUUGGAAGCCACUGAGGCUAACCUGCUAACAGGCUAACCGGCUAACCGAGUCUCCACCCGGCUGCUCCGGGCGGACCCCAGCAGCGAUGGCCUCGGUCCGGGUGUCGGUCCGGGUCCGGCCCAUGAACCGGCGGGAGAAAGACUUGUCUUCUAAAUGCAUCAUCAAGAUGGAAGGAACCAAAACCUCCAUCACCAACCUGAAGAUUCCUGACGGUGUCACUGGAGAUCCCAUGAGGGACCGGACCAAGACCUUCACGUACGACUUCUCCUACGACUCCACGGACUGUGAAAGCUCCACGUUCGUCUCUCAGGAAAAGGUGUUCACCGACCUGGGCUGCGACGUGCUGAAGGCUGCGUUCGAGGGCUACAACGCCUGCGUGUUCGCCUACGGCCAGACGGGCUCGGGGAAGUCCUACACCAUGAUGGGGAACCCGGGCGACGCAGGUCUGAUCCCCAGGAUCUGUGAAGGUCUGUUCAGCCGCAUCCUGGCCGCGACUCGAUGGGAUGUAGCGUCGUUUCGUACGGAAGUCAGUUACUUGGAGAUCUACAACGAGAGGGUGAGAGACCUGCUGAGGAGGAAGUCCACUGUGACCUUCAACCUGAGGGUCAGGGAGCAUCCCAAGGACGGGCCCUACGUGGAAGAUCUUUCCAAACACCUGGUGCAGAACUACAGCGACGUGGAGGAGCUGAUGGAGGCCGGGAACAUCAACCGCACCACCGCCAGCACCGGCAUGAACGACGUCAGCAGCCGCUCGCACGCCAUCUUCACCAUCAACUUCACGCAGGCGAAGUUUGAUGCGGAGAUGCCGAGUGAGACGGUCAGUAAGAUCCACCUGGUCGACCUGGCCGGGAGCGAGCGAGCCGACGCCACCGGAGCCACUGGCGUCCGACUGAAGGAAGGAGGGAACAUCAACAAGUCCCUGGUCUCCCUGGGCAACGUCAUCUCCGCUCUGGCCGACAUGGCGCAGGAUGGCGUGAACACCAACCUGAAGAAGAAGUCCGUGUUCGUCCCGUACCGCGACUCGGUGCUAACAUGGCUGCUCAAAGACAGCCUGGGCGGGAACUCCAAGACCUUCAUGAUCGCCACCGUUUCGCCGGCGGACGUGAACUACGGCGAGACCCUCAGCACGCUGCGCUACGCCAACAGAGCCAAGAACAUCAUCAACCAGCCGACCGUCAACGAGGACUGCAACGUGCGUCUGAUCCGAGAGCUGCGCGCUGAGAUCGCUCGCCUGAAAGCUCUGCUGGUUCAGGGCAACCAGAUCGCUCUCCUGGACUCACCCACAGCUCUGAGCAUGGAGGAGAAGCUGCUGCAGAACGAAGCCCGAGUUCUGGAGCUGACGAAGGAGUGGACCAACAAAUGGAACGAGACCCAGAACAUCCUCAAGGAGGAGACGCUGGCUCUGAGGAAGGAGGGCAUCGGCGUGGUGCUGGACUCGGAGCUGCCGCACCUCAUCGGCAUCGACGACGACCUCCUCAGCACCGGGAUCAUCCUGUAUCAUCUGAAGGAGGGACGGACAUACGUGGGCAGAGAGGACGCGUCCACCGAGCCGGACAUCAUCCUUCACGGUCUGGACCUGGAGAGUGAACACUGCGUGUUUGAGAAUCAGAGCGGCCUGGUGACCCUGGUGCCGCUGGGCGGAGCUCAGUGCUCAGUGAACGGGCUCCAGGUGACGGAGCCGUCGCAGCUCAACCAAGGCGCCGUUCUUCUGCUCGGGAGGACCAACAUGUUCCGGUUCAACCACCCGAAGGAGGCGGCGAAGCUGAGGGAGAAACGGAAGAGCGGCCUGCUGUCCACCUUCAGCCUGUCCAUGACGGAUCUGUCCAGGUCGUGUGAGAACCUGUCGACUGUGAUGCUCUACAACCCCGGGUUGGAGUUUGAGCGGCAGCAGCGAGAGGAGCUGGAGAAACUGGAGCUCAAACGGAGGUUGAUUAAGGAGAUGGAGGCGAAGCAGCAGAGUGAGAAGGCGGAGCUUGAGCGCCUCCAGCAGGAGGUGGAGAGCCAGCGCAAAGAGUCUGAGGAGGUGCAGCAGCGAAUUCUCCGUCAGGAGGAGAGCCUCCGCUGCCGCAGCCACGACAUGGAGAGCCGCCUGCGUGACUUCCUGGUCCAGAAGGAGCGCUUUGAGGAGGAGAGACGCUCGGAGCUCCAGGGGGAGGAGCUCCAGUGGCAGCAGCGGUGCAACCAGCAGCUGGCGGGUGAAGCGGUGGAGGAGCGGGAUGAGGAGCAGCGGAUGCAGCAGGAGGCUGCAGAGCAGACAGAAAUCUACCGUGAGCUGAAGAGGCUGAAGCAGGAGCGUGAGGAGCAGAAGGUUCGUCUGGAGGAGCAGGAGGAGGAGCAGCUGAGCCUGGUGGGCCGGCUGGAGGAGCAGGAGGAGGAGCAGCUGAGCCUGGUGGGCCGGCUGGAGGAGCAGGAGGAGGAGCAGCUGAGGGAGAAACACCAGGCAGCCGCCGCGGUGAAGACCCGGGAGGACGCCCACCGCGUCCAGGAGGAGCGCCGGGCACUGGCUGAGAUCAGAGGAGCGCUGCUCCGGGCCAAGGAGGCUGGAGAGCAGCAGGAGGCGCAGGAUGCCGGCGAGGAGGCGCGCUCUGCUCAGGGUCGAUACACGGUCUUCAAGGUGGCUCAGGUGGAGGAGCUGGGCCAGCUGGAGGAGGUGCUCCGGCAGCAGAAGGAGCAUCUGGAGGUGGAGGUCGCUGCCGAGAGGAGCAAAGUGCUGCUCCUCACUCACGGCCUCAAGGAAAGAAGGCAGCAGCUGAAGGAGGCGCAGGAGGAGGAGGCGCAGGACACCCCGGGCGUCUGCCAGGAGGAGCAGCUGCUCCAGCAGGCGGAACACCGUCUGCAGCUCCAGGAGCAGCAGCUGACCCGCCUGGCAGAGGACCUCCUCCCGGCGCUGGCCGAGGAGAAGCAGAGAGCCAUGGAGGUGUUGGAGCUCAGCAGAUCACCAGGACUGGACAACACACUGGACCAGGUGGAGAAGGAGCUGGAGGACAAGGAGGAGGAGCUGAACCUCCACUGGCACAGUGCUCAGCAGCUGCAGCAGCUCCAGGAAACCUACCAGCUCACGGCCAACGUGGCCCGGCAGGAGGAGAAGGUGAGGAGGAAGGAGAAGGAGAUCCUGGAGUCCAAGGAGAAGCAGCAGAGGGAGGCCAUGGAGCAGGAGGUGACCCGGCUGGAGAGGAGGCCCUCGGCCCUGAGGAGCUCCGCCUCCCCGGAGCCUGACACCGAGGAGCAGAGGAGGGGGGCGGAGCCCGACCAGCAGAGGGUGGGGGGGGAGAUCCGGGAGCUGAGGCAGGAAGUCACGGAGGGAGAGGAGAGCAGCAGGACUCCCUCCAUCAGCCCGGAGGAGAAGACCAGCAGCUCUCUGCUCAGUCACGUCCAGACUCUGAACACGCUGCAGCCGCUGUCCGACGCCCGGAUCAACAGCUACAUCGAGGAGGAAGUUCAGCGGCGGUUACGUGAGAUGAACCUUCUGAACGGAUCUGAAGGGAUGGAUCUGUCCGAGUCCUGUGAGUCUCUCAGGGACCAGGAGGAAGCUAGCGACUGCAGCUCGGUUCCACUAACAGACGAGGAUGAUGAAAAGCUGCAAAACAUGAAUCCAAGGAGGCUGAAAUAUGAGCACCUGGUCUCUCGUCCUCUGGGGACGGGCGCCGGCGUCCUCCAGGAGCCGCUGAGGAUUAGCAUCCCGCGCUACGUGCUCCGCGGGCAGGGCGCGGACGAGCACUUCGAGUUCGAGGUGAAGAUCAGCGUGACGGACGAGAGCUGGAGCGUGUUCCGACGCUACAGUCGCUUCAGAGAGAUGCACCGCCUCCUCCGCACCAAGUAUCCACAGCUGGCGGCUCUGGAGUUCCCUCCGAAGAAGCUGUUUGGAAACCGAGACGAGCGGAUGGUCGCCCAACGCAGACACCACUUGGAGCGUUAUCUGAGGAGCUUGUUCCGAGUGAUGCUGGCGUCGGUCAGGUCUCCGCUCAGGACCGAGGGCGGCGUCCGUCUGUCCAAACACGCCGUCUGUGACUUCUCGCCGUUCUUCAAGAAGGGCGUGUUCGAGUCCAGCAGCCACGGCACCGGCUGAGUCCGAGACAAACCGCCGCCGGACUCCCAGAGCGCCGUCUCCUCCGAAGGGGACAAGACGCAGGUCCGUGUCCUCUGGUCUGUCCCGAGAGACGCUGCUGGGCUCGAUGUCCUCACGGAGACGUCUAGAAUCCAGAUGUUGACACGCAGCUGCUGCACGUUUCCUGACCCUUGACCUGCUGCGGUUGAGGGUUCGAUUCCCUUCGCUGCUGCUGCUCCCACGAACAAAUGAGUUUCUUCACAAUAAGUUUAUGACACUAAACCCAAUUUUAAAUGUGAACACAAUCAUUUCCUGUUUUCAAUCAGCUGAAGAGGGGGAGGGGCCUAAAUGGAUGUUUUCAGGUGAUAAGCAGGAAGUGUUCGGGGUGAAGACGCCAUCAGUGGAACCGUGAUCAUCGGCUGAUUCCAAAGUUUUACAUCUUGAAACUUUGACGCUCGAACGUCUUUGUCCUCAGAUGUCGAGACCUGAGCGGACGUGAAAACUACAAACGUUCAGAUCAGAUCCGUUUGUAAAAGACUAGAAAUGUCUUCUGGGCUCUGAUGAUCGGUGAAGACACCGGCUGAACAUCACCAUGAGACUGAGUGUUAGCGUCACUUCUGAAGAGAAACCGGCUGUAAAUACGAUGUAAAUAUUCAUGUGCAGUUUUCUAUUCGCUUGUGUACGAUGUAACGUGUCGACUCUUAACGUCGCUAAAGGGAACGAAACAGGAAUGAGUGUUUGUGUUCUGAACAUCUGGAGCUGAGGGAGUUCAGAGACGGAUUUUAAAUGUUCCGAGACUCCGGGUCCAGAGAGUGAAGCUGAUGAAGUGUCUGAAACCUGUCUUCUGUGUGCUGACCAGCAGGGGGCGACUCCUCUGGUGGUUUCUAUAGAAAACAACUCUUAUAACACUUCUCACUUUAUAACUUCAAUAAACAUUUUCCUCAGGA